GUUGGCUGCGUUCCCGAACCCGAAAUUUAAGGGAGAGAAGAGAAAUAGAGAGAGAGAGAGGCGGUGAGGUGGAGGCGCUGAAAGCGAUUCCUUGCUCUCCUCCUCUCCCCAACCCCCCUCGCCUAGCAGCUUCCGGCGGUCUUGUCUUCUUCCUCCCCGUGCCAGCGGUCGGCGAGAAGGCGGAGGGUUACCUGAAAUUAAGAAAGCGAAUUAGGGAGAGGAGACGAGAGGAGGGAAUGGCGGCGACAUGGACCUCCGUGGGCCUGGUGGCGGUGGCAGUGCUGGUGGUGGGCAUCGCAAUGCCGGCUUCCGCCGCCGGGCAGCCGCCCGCGCCCGCGCCUUCCAGCGACGGCACAUCGAUUGACCAGGGGAUCGCAUAUGUGCUGAUGCUGGUGGCCCUUGUGCUCACUUACCUCAUUCAUCCAUUGGACGCUACCUCUCCAUACAAGCUCUUCUAAUCCCAAUUUCUAUUAAUUGUACCUGUAGAGCUAGCAGUGCGAGGGCAAGAUUAGGAUUUAGGUGAGGGUGUGGUAUUCUAUUUUUGUAUGUGCGUCAAAUGGUUAUGAACAUGUUUGGUGGUGGCAUGAUUCUGCUUUUAUGCGAGUGUUUGCUAUUCAGUUCCUGCUAAAGUACAUGUGUAUUUCACUGACUCUUUCCGCUUGCCAUGUGCUGUGAUUAGCAGUCGGUUAGGUUUUGCAAAGAAAAUAAAAGGAGAUCAAAGGUUA